AUGAGACUUUUGAUUUUCUGUAUGAGUUCACUUGUAGUGGGGAGUACUAGAAUGGUUAGAAUUACCUCGAGGCUCUAUCCAGACUUUGGAAUAGCUAUUGCACCUGCAGGCACUGGAGGGAAGGGUACUGUCAAAAUGCUUAGUACCAAAGAAAAUAGAAAGAUGGAACAGCAGGGAACUUUCAGAAUCGACAAGGGGAUAACAGAGGUCUCACAAGGCGAAUCCAAACUUUGUAAGAAUGAGAAAAACGAUAGCAUUGAUGUUUGCACAGGAAAAGACGAGCUCUAUUCGAAGUGGAGAUUGGUUUCUGAAGACGGGAGUGUCAGAUUCAAAACAGAAAAUGACGUAUGCCUAGAGACAGUUGAGGACAAGUUGGUAUCUGGUGGCAUAAAGCUUGUUGGUAGAGAAUGUAAGCUGAACACAAAUAGCCAACUCUUUGAUUUGAAAUUUGUCGACGAGGAUAGCCAGGACUCAGAAGAGGAUGAAUUCGACAAAAACUCUCCAAAAGACUUGCCUUUAGAGGAACUGCUUCCUUUUUUACUUUAUGGAAAAGAGCCGGUAUCAAACCAGCGAAUAAUUUUGUAUGAUAGCCAGGGGAAAAAGAAGGCUUCAUUCAGGGGAUCGGUUAGCCCGCUCAUGAUUGCCAGCCUAAGCUCUGGCAUUCUGCCACAUUCCAGCAAAUCAUCCACACCUUAUUCUGAAUAUAGGCCAUUGUUAAAACCAAAUUCUCCUGAGGAAGAAAUGGCAAUUACACCGAACUAUGCAGAAUAUGGAAAGCUUUACUAA